AUGAGUGCAAAGAAGCGGAAGUAUCUUGAAUAUAUUCGAUUUGGAUUCGUGUCUCUCCAAAAGGGUGACACAGAGGUCCUCCAGUGUGUGAUAUGUUACAAGACUCUGAGCAAUGAUGGAAUGCGGCCCUCACGCUUGGAACGCCACUUAAGGACAACACAUCCUGCUCUAGCUGACAAGCCCAAGGCAUUCUCUGAAACAAAAAGACACUCCUUGAAGCAAGUUAAGUUGGACGGCAGUUUGGCAUUUCGGCAACAAACUUCAAAGGUUGUUGAGGCUUCUUAUGAGAUCGCCAUGUUGAUUGCAAAGAGCAAGAAGAGCCAUAGCAUCGGAGAGUUUCUCAUAAAACCAAGCAUACUCCGUGCAGCAGCAGCAGAACUCGUUCUGGGGAAAAAGAGUGCAAACAAGCUUUCCCAAAUUUCACUAUCAAAUGAUACAGUCAAGGAAAGCAUCGAUGAAUUGUCUCAAGACACCAAAGAUCAAAUUCUCGUCCAAAAUGGGUUCAAGAACGAAAUGCGUUUAGAGAAAAAAGAAAGGGAUUUGUGCAACCUAUAA